AUGAUUAAUUGUCAUCAGCAGUUUCAAGAGCAGAAACUGGGUAAAGACAAUUCUGGGCAGUUGAGCAGUGAUGUUCCCCUUAAACAGAGGCUCCGAAGUGCAAGGCAACAUAAGUGUGAUGCAGCCUUUGGUUCUAACUCAGUGAGCCCCACAGCACCAUCAGGUAAAGACACGAAGAAGGAAGUUACCUCACUCGAAGACCAAAAUGCUGCUGCCAUCCAGUGCAUAGUGGAUGCCAAGAUCGCAUCCCAGAAAACAUCUGAAAUAAGCCAUAGUCAUCAGACGCAAAAGAAUGAUUGUACGACUAUGUCGGCCAGUGCAGAAGACACUCAGACACUUAUCACUCCAUCUUCCAUUGAUAAUUCUUCAGAAAAGCCUUGUAACCCCCCAAGCCAUGAGACGAGCACUAGUCCAGUCGUAGUUAACUCCUUGCAGAAAGAAACGAAUCAGAUUUUAGAUGCAAGUGACAGAAAUGAUAGUGUAGGAAGUUCAGAUACUGCUAAGGUAGUGAAUAAUGCUGGAGAAGUUAUUUUAUUUGAUGGUAACCUGGCAUUUGUGGACAACAGUGCCUCAUUUUCACAUAUCGCUGAAAGUGGUAGCAACAUUUUAUCAAACUCUUUAGCACUUACAACACAGUUGACUCCUCCAUUUGUUGUAACAUCACAGCCAUCAGUUUCCACUUCUGGUACUAGCCAGGUUAUGACAAUCACGAUACCUGGUUCUACAGACGCUAUUCAGCAGGCAGCUUCACUCAGUGGAAUUUCUCUCUACUCACCACCUGAAGUAGCAGUGCCUCAUGAUGUUGCUACACAGAAUGCAAAUCAGGUUGUUUCCUUUGCCAUUCCAGACACACACAAUAUUAAGCCUGUAAUACAUGAGCAGGAUCUGAUGUCAGUGUCAACUGUCAUCGUGUGUGGGAAUGAUGGGUUGAUUCCCCAGUUCAUCAGUUUGCCACAUCAGGACUCUUUGAGAGAUGAUUUUCUGCUGCCAGGAUCAGGUGGAACUCGCUAUGUGCCCAUUGUUCCUCGAGAUACACCAGUAACUACGUUGACAUCAGUAAUUAAACCUCCUCGUAUGGGUGCUAUUCUGCCUCGGAAAACAGAUGUAUGCCAGCCAAUAGUGAGGUGCCCCAUCUCAACGGUCUUGAACAAUAAUCUGAGCACUUCUAAAAUGGUUGACCCUAAGCUUGGGACAUUAAAGCAGGCCGAAACCUUCACAUCACAGCGAAAGAAGCAGAUUUCUUCAAUUAAUAAAAAGAAAGGGAUUAGGAAUAGGAUUGGGGUCCGAACUCGUUCCCAAGUCAACAAGCCAAGUAGGCCUCCUGCAGCGAGUGCUACUUGCACUGAUGAUAGGAGAGGUGAUGUCAGGGUGAUGUGCUCAAAUACAGGGCAACAGUCAACAGAUUGUAGCCGUAGUCUUCCUAGUAUCAUUCUGGAGUCACCACCAGCAAAAUUGCCAUUAAUUACUGCACAAGAAGAUGGGGUAACCAUAUGCAGUGAAGCAGGGCGAGAAAGGUUGCUGGGAGCCCUUAAUCUAAAAGAAUCAACUGAGAGCUGUUUGAACUCAAAGCCAGCAUCAGAUGAACUGGAUGCAGAUGUAAAGAGUAAAAGUAAGAUAGAAGCAGACGGAAAUAAAAGUAUAAAAUCUAAAAGUGAUUUCAUAUUGCAAAAUGUUGAUAAAUAUCCACCGAGCCCACAUCUUAUGACACUUGUGAAUCUCAGCAAAAAUUUUGCCAAUACUGGACAUUCUAUAUCAACUCAUAUUCCUGGCACAUCUAAUGAAACCACUGGUAAAAAGUGCAGUGAAGACAAAUUGACCCAGAAGUCUCGUGAAACCCCACAACCAACAACUUCUCGAGGCAGGGCAGGUACGAAUGACAAACGGAUGAGUCUCAGUACACCUCGCAGACAACGUCACGUACGGGCACUGGACUUUACAACACCGCCUAAGGCCAGAACUGUCCCUAAACGUUUACAGUCUAAAGGAUCUUCUCCUAAAACAUCAGAGAAAUUAGUUAAGACUUUACGAAGGACGACGAACAGCGGUGUAAGUAAAGUAAGGUCAACUCUUUUUAAAUCUCCUCAAAAUGAGUCAGAAACUGUUUCAAGUGAUGCAUCUCCAUUCACUACAGUCUCAGCGUUGCCCAAUGCAUGUUCUGAUAUUUGUCACAGUAUCUUACCACCCAUUGCAACACGAAGCCCACUUCCUCAGCUUUGUGGAGGGUGGGACAAUGCAGCGGGAGUUGGGCAAAUUAUUUGUGAUGAUAGUAGUGUGGUGAGAGAAGAAGCAAGAUUAGAUGAUGCAGUUGGGUCCAGUUUGCCUGUGACAGAAACUCAGGAUAAGACAAAUCUCUCUGAUAAGCAGUCUGAAGUUACAGAAAGGUCAACAAGCCUUCUGAAAAACUGGGAGACUGGACAUAAAGUGACUCCUAAACUUGCAGAAGGAAGUUUGAUGAGCAACAAGAACUUGCCACGUACAAAAAAGGCGUGGGAUUCUGAUCUUCGAGUACAUGUGAAUGUUCACCGUGAAGAAUCCCAGCUACCAACAAAUGAUAAAAAGAAAACGAAAAAGGAAAAGGAAUCAAAACCAACAAAAUCAAAGAGAAAAUCCUCACAGGAGGCCAAAAAGGAAGUUAGUAGGCUAGAAGAGCAUCUGAACAAAAAUGAGAGCAUGGACAAUGGAAAUAAAAAUACAGAUCCAGAAAAUACAAAUCGGGUAUCUGAAAAUAUGCCUUCAAGUUCAGAUAUCUCUGUAAGGAUAUCACCUAAUGAUUCUGAGGAAACAGAUCUUGGCAGCGAAGCCAAAAAUCAGAAGAGAGACUUAAAUACUGCAGGUACUGUUCGAGUUACAGGGAAGUCUUAUCCGCCAAGGAAAGGUGUUGAGCUAAUAAGUGAAUCAAUUGAGAAACUGUCAAUAAAGCCCAAGACAUUUGUUGCACUAGACACAUUGACUGAAAGAAAGGAUCUUGAUCAGCUCAUUGGUGAGGCAGACAACCAAGGUACCAGCGACCGGAUCGAAGCUGUCAAGGAGGAUACAAAGAUACAAAGAAAAGAGAAUUUGGCACUUGAAACUGCAGAUAGUAAUGAAGUUGACCUUUCUAAAUCUUCGGAUUCAUCUACCACGGAAACUGUAAGUCCUAAUACAUCAGUUGGGCCAGUUCUUAACGUAGCCUGUAGUUCCAUAAUUAUCCAGUCACCAACAAAGCUGAAAGGUGCAGAGGGAAGAAUAGUUCAUCGAAAUUUGCAUGUGCACCAAUCGCCAAAUGUCGUUGAUAAUGAGACACUUGUGAUCCAUACUGAUGAUACCAGUUCGGUUACUGAUACAUUCAAGACAGGCUGUGAAUUGAAAGGCAACACAGUUACUGGUGAAAGUGCAGCUGAAGAUCAGUGUGUUCCUGUCUUAGAAAAUCAGGAGCUUGUUCCCCCAACAUCUGAGUUUUGUCCUUCAGACUCCCAGAAAGAAGAUAUCCAAAUGUCUCAGAAUUGCAAAUCCAGUUCCAGUAAAGAACCAUCUUUUGCCAGUGUACCAGAUAAUGCUUCAUUAAAAAAGUUAAGGACACAGACAGAAGCGUGUGAUACAGCAAAUAGAUCAGAUGCACAACCAAAGUCAGUUACUGAUUUUGUUCUAGAUACUCCAAGAAAGACAGAUGACCCUGGUUCAACAUGCUGGGGUUCUGAUUUUGUGUUCAUACCUCUAACACCCCGCAUGAUGAGCCCAUAUCCAGAUGAUACUCCAGUUACAAAGUUGGCAGAUGGAAAUUCUUGUAUAGAUUUUUCUUUAAUACAAACUCCCAGUUUUCCACCCACACCCAACAUUGCAGUGACACCUCAGCUAUAUAAUACAAGUCCAGAUACUCCUUCAUCUUAUGCAAGAAGGUCAACAGACCGUUCUUCAUGCUCACCAUAUUACAAGCCAACUGGAAAACUGGACUCCGCAGCUUUGUCAAAGCCACUGGAACAGUUGUUGGUAGAGGAAUGCAGAAAAUUAGAAAACAGCACUGUACGGUCUUCAGAUGGUUAUAACAAAUGCCAUAAGGAAGAUGGUGGAGAGAAUGCUCAGCCUGAUAGUGGACAGGGCCAACCAUUACCUGUUCCAGAUAAAAGUCUUGAAAAAGCAACAUCAUUAUUGCCAGAUCAUGUGACUAAUGUUCAGGUCAAAGCAUACGUUGGAAAGAAGCUUGUGUCAGGUAAAACAGGCGAAGGACGAGUAGAUUCCUUAGUUGGUGCACCUACUAAGGCACCUUCACCAGAGAAGCAAAAGCAGGCAAAGGAGAUGACGCAGAAAAGAGGUACAAGGGAUCGUGGAAAUACUGCCAAGUCAGACCAUACAAACAUUAAAGCAAGGGGGAAGGUGAGGUCUCUUUCAAGGACUUCUAACAAAGGCAAUGCUGUGGAGGUUAAGCCAUCAGAAACAUGCUCCUCAGCAAGGAGGAAAGCAAGUUCUGUUUCAAGGGCUGCUGACAGAAGCAGUGAUCAUGACGAUGAGUCAAUGAGAGCACAAAUCUCUGCUUCAGGUUCAGCAAAGAAAAAAUCGAAGUCCAUUUCGAAGACUGCCAAAAAAAGUAGUGACUUCAUUUUUAAGUCAUCAGAAACACAUACCUCAACUUCAGUCUCAAUGAAGAAUGUGAGGACUGCUAAUAAAAGUAAUGACUUGAAGGAGGAGUCAUCAGAAACACGUGCCCCAGAUUUGAUCACAAGAAAGGAGAAGGCAAGGUCCAUUUCAAGAGCUGCUAACAAAGACUCUGACUUGAAGGAUGAGCUGUCAGAAACUCAAAUUAAUCCAUUUAAGAGACAUGAUGAAAAGACUACAGAUGAAAUUAUCCAAAGGCACCUUGAGGCUGCUCGGAUGAAGCUCUUUGGUUAUAAUUCACCAAGUGAUGACUCUGACUUUGAAUCCAGCAAUGAUUUUGGACAAACUGAAGCUGAGACCAAGACAAUACCAUCUAAUGUUUGGAAUAAAACAUGUACAGAACUUACAAAAGCAAAACAGUCGGUUGCAGUAACUCAGCCCUCUAAGUUCUAUAGUUCCUACUCAGAAAGCAGUAAGACAAACACACAGCAAACAGUGGAACCUCAGACUCGGGCUGAUGAGGUAAGACCCGUGAGUGGGUUGUCUUUAAUGAAGGAGAAUUCCCAACGUGUGCCAACUUCAACUUAUGAGUCAGAAUUAAGAAAGACGCAUGCCGAUGAGAAUGUGAACUGUGUAACACCCAUCUUUCAUUCAGAGAUACCAAGAUUUAAGAUUUUCUCUGAAUGUAACCAGUCUACAGAUGCCAUGAAAAAGUCAUCUGUACACAUUGUAGAUGAUGAUGAUUCGGUGGGGGCAAAAUCACAUAACUCUCAUUCAGCGAGGAACACAACAUUGAACAGUGAACAUGAAAAGAAACAUCACAUUGAAAAAUCGGAGGGGCUAGAUGUUAGUAGUGUGCCUAACUGUGAGGUUAAAAUGCCUGAAGAAGGACAUGGGGAAAUAUUAUCUGUGAAAGCUGUCCUCAAUGAACUGAUACCAGAUGUGUCCAUGGGGAAUAAUCCUAUGUGUGAUGUCCAGGAUGUGGAUGCCAGAAAACAAUUGAUAGAGAAGGAAAACAUCUUUACUAAGACUGCCCAAACUACCCCCACAGAGGUUAUCAGAGGGAACUGUGGUGAGUGCACACCACCAAAGAGAAGUCCACACUUGUCUGUGGAAGCUAUUGCAGACAGACUGACAAGGGAUAAGGUAGCAAUCCAGGCCCAUCCCAUGAAACAGACUCCAGUCUGCCAAUCUAUGACCUACGAAGACAGUAGCUCUGAGGAUUUUCCAGCUUUGCAUCUCAGUUCAGAUGAUGAUACACAGUCUGAAUGCAUCACUUUCUUUCAAGUGGAGUCUGAAAUGGCAAAAAUGCAUGGGGUGGAAGAGGCCACAGCAGAUGUUUCAACUGUCAGGUCAUCACUGAGCACUACCGAAGAUGUAUGCAAGGAUUUGGAACUGACACCUAACAGAUUCAAUGGCGUGGAAUCAAAUUGCAGCUUGUUACACACAGGUGUUGGAUAUGAGAGUGGGAGGCAGGAACAAUCAAAUACCAGCAAAUGCAAAGGAGAGGUAUCACAUACAGUUGAUGGUAAAACUUUGAAAAAGAAAAUGAGUGCAACUUUAAGACAAGAAAGUACCAAUCGGAAGAUAAAGGCUUUACUGGGUGAUGAUGUAAGUCCCAUAAGGAAUCAAAGUGAAGUGAUAGAAGUGUACAAGGAUGUGAAGGGUGGAAUUUUACAUAAACUCUUCACUGUUACGAACAAACAUGAUUCGCCAGUUAAAAAUACUCUGGAAAUUAAGCCAAAGAAAGAGAAACAGAAAGAUCGGUCAGAGAUAAGUAUGGAAGUAGAAAAGGUACAAGAAAAUGAAGUUUCAGUAGAGCCAAAUAUAGCAUGUGAAUCAAACAAAAUGAAAACCACCAAAUCACAUGAAACUUCAGUCAUUGAAUUGAAUGAGGCAGUAGAUAGUAAGGCUACUGCACAUACACACAGUGUGGAUUCCAGUAUUGAGGGAGUGUCAUCACUUGACAAAAGCAUGAUUUUUGAACAGCAUCAAGUGUCUGAUAAUGAGACAUACAUAGGAAUCGUGUAUGCAGGUGAAGGGCCCAAAGGAAAUAAUCUUGUAUUUGAGGACAUCUCCAAUUUUUCACUCGCUUUUGAAUUAGGUGAGGAUUCUGAUGGAGCAGUGAAAACUUAUAAGUGUAUAGUCUCAGAAUUCCAGGAAUUAUUUUGUGCCUUACCCAAACAAUGCACCAGGGAGUCAAAUUCUUUUGAAGGUGGCCAGACUGAUAUCACAAGGAAGAGCUGGUCCAGUAAUUGUAAGAAAUAUAAGAACUCUGACUGUGUUAAAAGUAACAAAGAUAGUCACAAAGAAUUGUUCCACAAAUCUACGAAUGAUAGACUGUACUCAAGGGAGCACAGAACAAGAUCACGCUCCCCAACCAUCAGAAGAAGUACCCACUUUUCACAUGACAGAAGGAGAACUUCACAUGUACACAGAAGAUCUCCAUCCCCAGUUCGCAGGAGACGGUCAUUGUCUCAUAACUGUGGAAGAAGGUCUCAGUCUUUGGAUCACAGAAGAUCAUCAUCAUCAUCAUCGUCUCCAGUAACAUCUACACCUAAAAUGAAGACAUUUUCACCGUUGACUGAGCUCUAUAAUGACUACUUGAGAGACGAGAGAAAGUUUGGUCCUAGUUACAGUAAAAGAGUUCGGGAUUUCAGUUUUAGGAGCAAUGAAAGACUUCCGUUUGGACAGAGGGGCAGGGGAAAAAUGAAGUAUGAUAGGCAUAUUCAUUCUAAGAGAACUUCCAGAGAAUCUAGUCGUACUUCAGCAUCACCUCGUGGAGUAUCUGAUUCUCAUAGCAGAAUGCUGGAUCUUGUCAAAGAACGUGGACCUUCAACUGAGAAGAGGUUCACACAGGAAGUGAGAGCCACAGAAACACGCGUCGGAAGAGGCUUGGAUGACACAGCUUUGUUGGCCAGAAGACUUUCAGCUGCUGAAGACAUGGACAAGGUGCCUGCUAGAGCAGAGACACAAAUUAAAGAUGUUACAGAAGGAAGGCAAAAGGUGCAGGACACUCUUGAGCUUUUAGAGGAGGGAGAAUUGGUAGAUGAUGAUUCACUCCAGGCUCCUAACAAGUACAAAUGUAAUGAUAAACGGGUAUUGUGGCCCCAGAAGUAUCCAUCAUCAGCGGCUUAUGAUGAUGAACAUGUGACACGUGGACUAGUAGGAAGAGUUCGAGCUGAGAACUUCAGUGAAAAUUCUUCCUCUGUUUUAAAAGUAGGCACACGUGCUAACAGCAUCACUUCAGACCUGUCACUUGAGCACAGCAAGUCAGUUGAAGACAAACCUUCACAGGAAACAGAAAAUACACAAAAAAUAUUCCAGAAAGAAGCAAGUUUUGCAGGCCCUUCUAGUGGUAGAGCUCUUCCUCCAAAGAAAAGAAAGGCUUCAUCAGAAGAGCUGCUGGUACCGGUGGGGAAACGAAUACGGACAGAUGGCCCACAGGCUCUGCUCAAAAAGGUGGACUUGGAUCACUUACUAGAUUUUGUUCAUGGUGAAAAGCCUGGGUAGAGCUAUCACAUGACAGUUGCAACAGUGGGCAUUGGCAUGCCAUUGAAAGGUCUUGUAUUGUAUUUUUAUAUGUAAAAUAUUGUCCAGCAAUACAUUUUCCACAUAGUUCCCCUGACUUAUAAUCUCAAAUAACACUUAUUUCAGUGUAUAGCAGAAUUUUCAAAUGAAAGUUACAAUUACACAGGCACAUAUGAAAAUGAAACAUGUUUUUUUGAAUGAUGCAUUGUUUUGAAAUUAUCAAAGUUACUUUCCUUUUUGUUAAUGAAGCUUUACAAAUUUUCUGUAAGAGAAUUCCAAUCAACACCAUGUACUUCAGAAAAUGUUCAGUGAUGCUUGUCUCUGUAUUUGGAUUAAAUUUAUCUUGGUAAAUGCUUCUUUUCACCUUGUUUUGCUACUUUUGACUCAGAACUGUUGAAUAAAACACAUUUUCAUAUCUUUGUAACUUAUUAAUGUGCUGGAUGUCAUGACGAGCUUAGUUUUUGCUAGUGAAUUCUUAAUGAACCUUAUUGUGAUCACCGGCUGCAAGGAUUUAGGUACAGAUUUAGGCAAAAAAGUGUUCUUCUAAUGGAAAAAUAUGUUGCAUCAGGUUCUGCUUUGGCGAUUGCAUUUUUCUGGCCCAGGACAGGGACCGGUGGAGGGCCUUUGGUUAAUUCAGUGAUGAACCUUCGGGUUCUCUAAGCCGUCUAGUUAGUUAGGUUCUGCUUAAAGCUCUGGUGAAACAAGGACGAAGUUAGUUUGGAGUCACUCAAGCAAUUUUGUCUACUACUGCAAUGUAUGAGGGUGUUUCAAAAAGUAACAGCAAAUUAAAUAUUUUGAGAUAUAUAAUUUAAUUAGAGAUACAAAUGAUAUGUCAUUUUUCUACAUAAUCACCCUCCUUUUCAAUACACUUCUCACACCGUUACACCAACUUCUUUAUUCCAUCAGAAAAAAUGUUUUUGGUUCUGCCUUCAGCCAGGAAUGCACCGCUUCUUUGACCUCGUCAUCAUUCCCAAAUCUUCGUCCUCUCAAAGUGUUCUUCAGCGGUCCAAACACAUGAUAAUCAGAGGGAGCAAGGUCAGGACUGUAUGGGGGAUGCUGUAAGAUCUGAAAUCUCAAUCUCCGAAUGGUGUCAAGAGUUGCAGCAGCCGUGUGAGGGCAUGCAUUAUCAUGGACGACUGGAGCGUUGGCCAUCACGGAUUGAUGUUCGCCCAUUUUUAAACUCAUCUACCCACUCAUACACUCUUCUCUCGCCAAUGCAGGCAUCUCCAUACUGUUGCAGCAUUCUUCUAUGAAUUUCACGAGGUUUCACACCCUCCGACCACAAAAAUCUGAUGAUUGCUCGCUGCUCCUCUAUGGUGGAAACAGCUAAGGGCGCCACCAUUUUAUAUAUUCAUUCAUUCCAAUUAAGCACAACAUGCCAUCUAUUGGGCGGUGUCAAAACCUUCUCUAAGAAUGUGUCUUCCCUGCGCGGGAGUUUGAAAUGCCUGGGGUAUUCGUUUCGUGAAAUAUUGUCAAUUUGCUGUUACUUUUUGAAACACCCUCGUAUUUAGCCACUGAGCAAAUCCUUCACUACUGAUUCAUUUGAACCACAUGCAUUAUUAGUAUGAAUUACUCUGUACUCAUCUAUACUAACAUGCCUUACAGAGUUAAGGGUUAGACUGCCAUUCACAUUGCAUUUGGUUAGCGGUACUGAACUCUUGUCACUAACAGCUGACUGGCUGUCCCUAGGCCUAAUACUUGUAACCAUCUGAAUUUUGAUGUUAUUCACUCAAAUAUUUAUAAACUCUAUAUGUGAACUGAUAUGGGCUACUCUGGAUUGAAUUUUAGAAUCGACUUUUCUCAAGCUGUACUGCAUAUUGCCAUUCUUUUCAUUUAAUUCACGUUUAAUUUUGUUUAGAAACCACAUAUCUAGCUUGAUCUAAGUCAUUCCUUUUUCAGGCUUCUACCUGACUCUGAAAUGACUUUUGUGAUUUUCUA